GAUUAUUAUUUAUUCUCGGUUUCUCGUUAGUAACGUUAAUGCUUCGUAUUUUGUGUUGGAUUUAUUUUCUCCAAAAAUUAAUAAAAUAAAAAUGAAAUUAUUGACACACAAUAUGUUGACAUCUCGAGGAUUAAAAGGAGUAUCUGUCGGAUAUCCUCUCGGGAUUGUGGCCACAGACAUUAAAGUUGCGGACAUUGAUUUUAAUUCCGAGUUUAUUGCCAGAGUUAUUCCUAAAAUUGAUUGGAAUACACUAUGGACUGCUGCACACAGUAUAGGACACGUCGGUGAAUUGCCGCAAACUUUAAUCCAAAAUUUUGAAAACAACGAAGAUUUUCUCCGUAAAGUGCACCACGUAUUACUGGAAGUAGAAGUAAUAAAUGGCGACUUAGUUUGUCCCGAAUCGGGCCGAAAAUUCCCGAUUAAUGACGGGAUUCCCAACAUGUUGUUUAACGAGGAUGAAGUUUAACUUAUUAAUUAAUUAAUUAUUGUUCCAUAUCAACGCAACAAUUUUUUUUAAACAAAAAAAAAAUCGGGGUAACUUUGGCCUUCUGCUGAGCUUAAAAAUAAAUAAUUGUUCUUUUUGAAUUAUUAAUGGCCACAGUUACGCCGACAUAACCUACAAUCAAACAAUGAAUUACUAGCAGCAGCCACUACUAAAUUGUUUAAACAUUUGUUUUUUUUUUUUUACGUAAUAUAAUGUAGAGGUAAAAAAAGUGAUAAUAAUAAAUAAUAAGUAAUUAGGAGGGAUACAGAUAAUUUUAUUGCACAGAUAUGUAUUAGGGAUUACAAUAUAGAAAUACAUUAAUUAA